AUGGCGGCGGCGGCGGCGGCCUCGCAGCGAGACCCGGGCGAUUGGCAGGACUUUUCGGGAUUCCAGCCCUCCCCGGGAAGCGGCCCCGAGGCUGCCUGCGACAAGGGCGGCUGGGGCGGCGGGGAUCUCGGGGCGAAGCUGUCCCUCUGCUUCGAGCCCCCGCAGGCCCGGGCUGGCGGCGGCGAGAGCCGCGUUCCGCUGCGGCCGCUCACGGAGCAGAGCGCGCUGCAGGACGACGAGAUUUGGAAUGCCUUGACUGAUAAUUAUGGUAACGUGAUGCCAGUUGACUGGAAGUCUUCCCACACCAGAGCUUUGCACUUGCCAACACUGAAUCUUGCAGAAAAAGGGGUAAACGACAACUUGAACCUCGAUUUGUCAGAUGAUGAAGAGCUGAGAGAACAGUUGGAUAUGCAUUCUAUCAUUGUUUCCUGUAUCAAUGAGGAGCCGCUCUUCACAGCAGAGCAGGUGAUUGAAGAAAUAGAGGAAAUGAUGCAGGAAUCACCUGAUCCAGAAGAUGAUGAAACACCCACCCAGUCAGAUCGGCUCUCUAUACUUUCCCAGGAAAUUCAGACCCUCAAGAGAUCCAGUACAAACAACAGCUAUGAAGAGAGAGUGAAAAGAUUGUCUGUUGCUGAAUUAAAUGAACUGCUAGAAGAAAUUGAGACUGCUAUUAAGGACUAUUCUGAGGAACUGGUGCAGCAGCUGGCUCUACGAGAUGAGUUAGAGUUUGAGAAGGAAGUGAAAAACAGCUUUAUUUCUGUCCUCAUCGAAGUACAAAACAAACAGCGAGAACACAAAGAAACAGCAAAGAAGAAAAAAAAGCUCAAAAAUGGUAGUCCUCAGAAUGGCAAACAAGAAAGAGGUCAUAUGCCUGGAACACGCUUCAGCAUGGAAGGGAUCUCAAAUGUCAUACAGAAUGGCUUCCGCCACACGUUUGGAAACUCAAGUGGAGAGAAACAGUACUUAACAACUGUCAUUCCUUAUGAGAAGAAAAAUGGACCCCCAUCUGUUGAAGAUCUUCAAACAUUAACCAAAAUUCUGCAUGCCAUGAAAGAGGAUAGCGAGAAAGUGCCAAGCUUGUUAACAGACUAUAUUUUAAAGGUUCUGUGUCCUACAUGAAGAGGACUGCCUUCAGAAUUAGCCAUGUUCCUUUCUGUGAUGAGAAGCUUUCCUUGGAUAUAACUCAUAGUAUUUUUUCAUAGUAUUUUUUGGCACUAUACCAUAGUAUUUUUUGGCACUAUACCUAA